CAGGCACCUCGAGGACUCUCUGCUGAAGAGAAGCGCGUGAAGCUGCUGGAGAUAUUCCAUGAGACAAAGGAUUUCUUUCAGGUGGGCAGAAUCCUUUCUGAUGGGCCGAAGAUGAAGGGCAUCGUGUCGCAAUCCGUCAAGGAAGUAUUGCAGUCUCUCGUUGACGACGGGCUGGUGCAGAUGGACAAGAUCGGCUCUUCCAACUUCUUCUGGAGCUUCCCCUCUCAGCGAGGCGCGAUCAUGCAAAACCGGCUCGCAGCGGUGAAGGAGACGCGGAAGACGCUCGCGGCGCAGGUCGCGGAGCUCCGCGCCGCCGUCGAGGCUGAACGAGCGGCGCGGCCUGAGAGCGAGGGCCGGACCGAGCAGCUCGAACGGCUCGCGGGACUGAAAAAGGAGGGGGCGCGGCUCGCGGCGGAGCUCGCGGCGUACGGAGCUUGCGACCCGGUGAAGGUGGAGGAGAAGAAGCGCGCGGUCGUGUUGGCGAAGGAGGCCGCGGCGCGCUGGACGGGUGAGGAGGUCGCACUGAGAUCCUUUUUGAGGUGUGGAUAG